AUGGCAUCGACCCGAGACCCUCCCGAGAAGACUAUUCACCCGCGCACAACCUUCACGAACGCCCAGCGCCUUCAAAUAUGCACUCACCGGGAGCAAAACCCCAAUCUGACGCAAAACCAGCUGGCAACCUGGGCCCACGAGACCUUCGAGUUGCCACGCAAACCGUCGCAAGCCAUGAUCUCAAAACUCCUCAAGCGGAAACCCGAUCUGGAAAUUAUGACAACUGAGGAGUUGACGUGCAAGUCGCGACGUACAGUUCGGUUUCCCCGCCUCGACACGGCGUUGGCGAGGUGGGUCUCUUAUUGUGAAGAGACAGGGGUCACUGUCACGGGGGAGUCGAUUCGACUCAAAGCCGUCAAAUUUGCGGAAAUUUUACAGAUUGACACGCCGUUGACAUUUUCGAAUGGAUGGCUCUACAAAUUUAACGAACGUCACGGUUUUGGGAGCUUAAAGUCCCACAAAGAAAGCAAGACGUCGUCUGAAGAGGCUGUGGCUGAUCUGCAACGUCGACUGCAUGCUUUUGAUCCCCGCAAUGUCUUUAGUAUGGACGAGACAGGGUUACUUUUCACUCUGUUUCCGGAUCAAACCGGCAAACAGACGUCGAAACGACUGACAAUUGCAUUGUGUUGUAAUGCAGAUGGAUCGGAGAAAUUGCCGUUAUUGUUGAUUGGAAAGACCGAGAAACCACGCGGGUUCACGCACUUGACGGCCUCAGAGGAGAACUACAAGUGCAAUCAACACGCGUUGAUGACGCGGGAGUUUUUUCUCGAGUGGAUAACCAACCUGGACGCUAAGUUUCGCAAAGAGCAGCGGAAGUGUGUAUUGAUCAUCGAUCACUCGGCAGUGCACGCUGGGUUCAAUGCAGAAGAGUUGAAGAAUGUCGAGGUGGUGUUUUUACCGCUUGGAACUGUCAAAAAUCUGCAUCCUUUGACUGCUGGGAUCGUGGCUGCUUUCAAGAGACGGUACCGUCAACGGCAGAUCCAGCAUAUGCUGGACCACAUGGACGCUGAUGCUGGCGCGCGCACACUUGUUAAGCUUGAUAGUGUUGGCGUGCGACAGGCGAUGUCGUGGUGCAAUGAGUGUUGGAACGCAGUUCCGUCGUCCCUGAUCGUCCGUUGCUGGCAGGACGCUGCUCUGCUGUUUUCAAAUUCUUUUGACGAUACGAGCGAUUGCCGCGGACAGGAGGAUGCAAUUUCGGAAGAGCUGGCGGUGAUGCUGACCUACUUGCAUGCAACAAAUCCACUAUCAGUGGAAGAAUUACUCAAUCUGCCUGAAGAGAGUGUAAUCAUGGACGACCCCACGGACGAAGACUUUUGCACCCCAGUGGAGUCUGCAAGAGUUGCUGUCCAGCCGAAAACUGGUAACGCUGCGGAUGCGGAGAAUGGAUUAAGUGUUGAAGAACUCAAAGAGCAUCUCAAGUGGAUUGCGAAACUUCUACUGUAUGCCAACGAGAAAGAUAUGUCAGCGGAAUCCGUAAGUGGCAUGCGUAUUCUUCAACGCGACUUCAGGAACCAACUUGACAAGAAGCAAUCAAGCUCGAGCUAG